AUGAAUGCCGGGCGCCUGGGAGUCGGCAUUACCCUGGGCAUCUCCCUCGAUUGUUGCGUGCCCCUCCGUCCUCACAGCAAUGAUUAUACUCCCGAGGAGUUUAAGGAGAUUUUUCGCUCCUAUGCCGCCACUCUGAAGCAGGAGCAUGCCCACGCUCCAAGCGAGGAAAUGGUGACCAGGAUCAAGCACUUGGAGCUGAUUUGUGCCGACAUUCUUGUCGCCGUAGCUGAGCUCGAAGACAAUGCGCUGUGGAGCCAGUACUUUACGGGCAAGUGGGACUUCCUCGAGGCCAAGAGAUCUCGAGGCACAGUUGACGACAAGAACAAUGCUCCAGUGGACACCAAGGACAACGGCGAGGCCAUCUCGGAUGCGGAUCUCACCUCGGAGGCCUUCAAUUCAUGCGACCUCGAGGAGCCCUACACCGACCAACAGCGCAUGAGAGCGGCGCACAUCGCCGUGGCAUGCCACUACGGCAAGAAGAUUUUCAGCCCGGCUACGUGCUACACUGACCUCCUCCACAGCGAGGAGAGGGCCGAGGACUUCAAGAAAGUCGUCCGCCUGUAUAUCGCCAAAACCACCAAAAAGAAGGUCAAGGACCGCGAGAUUGCUCGCGAGAAGUUCCGCGAGGAGAAGAGCGCCAACCAGGUCUUGUAG